AAUAUAGACAAUCCAUCCUAAUUACGGUGGGUACGGACUCAUCGCCCCCUGCUCGAUCUCAAGCGCCUCAAGACACACGAAAGGGGAUAUCCAUCAUGCAUAGACGGCGUCGCAGCAACAAGAAUGCCCAGACGACGCGCUUCAGUCUGCUGCUGCUCGAGGACGGCGAGUUCUUCCUGGACGAUCACAGUGCGUGCCGAUAUUUGGAGCCGAGCGCCUUCACGCACCGCAAAGUAUCCGGCAGGAUCAAAGUGUGUACUCGUGGAUUAUUUUUCGUGCCUCAUGAUCUUCUAUUGCCAAUUCUACGCUUCCCAUUCCGCUGUAUGGUAUCUGAGCCUGUGACUGAGUGCUUUUUGCAACCUUCAUCAAUUUCAGAAGCCCCUGGUACUGAGACCGAGGAAACACCAUUAUUAUAUUUGACGUUCCAGACGAAACAAGUAAUUGAAAUGCGAGAACGAGGCAUCGACCACCCAUACAUCUACAAGGAUACAACAGAAGGAAUUGAAGUUCCUAACAGCGAAAUCCGAAGCAACAGCAGUAGCAGUUUGAACGGGGAAAUGCCGGCCAAGUACAUUUUCACACUGCAACAUGUGGCGUACGAGGCAUUUCUCGCAAGUAUUCACGUUAUCUUCGAAGUGUCCAAUUUGCCACGACGAAUGCUCAUUAAAACAGAGGAAGAAACACUUCUAGCUCCAGUUCUGGCACCCAGGAUGACAGACAAGUUCGAUCCGAGUUUGUUGAUUGAUUUUCGUGAAAGAUUGCUGAUGGAAACGGGGUGUGUAGCGAACCGCAUCGAGCCACUGCUCAAGUUUCCCGGUUGUCUUAUGCUGACAACGUUGCGUCUGUAUUUCCAGCCAUCAUCGCUCAACAACGUGUUUGAUCCAGUACUCAACUGGGAAUAUACCAACAUCGAUCAAGUCUACAAGCGCCGCUACUUGCUGCAACAGAUCGGACUGGAAAUUUACUUACAAAAUGGCGACAGCUUUUUCUUCUCGUUUCAAACUCGAAAAGAACGUGAUGACUUCUACGCCCUCAUGGUGGGCCAGCCAGAGCUGCAACGCUGUCGUCGUAAAGAUCUGCAGUAUAUGAUGCGCAAGUGGCAACGUCGAGAACUCUCAAAUUUUGAAUACUUGAAAUUCUUGAAUAAUGCGUCAGGUCGGACUCGCAAUGAUCUGACCCAAUACCCGGUUUUCCCAUGGAUUCUGAGUGACUAUACGAAUUCGGACCUCAAUCUGGGCGAUCCGAAAGUGUUCCGAGACCUCUCGAAACCUGUCGGGGCGCUGAAUGAAGAACGUCUCGAGUAUUUCAAAGCAAGAUACGAAGUGAUGCCUCGUGGCGACGAAGCUGAAGGAAUGCCGCCGCCGUUUUUGUAUGGUACUCACUACUCCACUCCCGGUUACGUGCUAUAUUUCCUGGUUCGGAAAGUUCCGGAGUGCAUGUUGUGUCUUCAGAGUGGCAAGUUUGAUGCUCCGGACCGCCUGUUCCGUAGUAUCAAGGUGACUUGGGACGGUUGUGUGUCCAAUCAUACCGAUGUGAAGGAACUCAUUCCCGAGUUCUUUGACUGCACGCUGCCAGCAGAUGAAUGGCUGAAGAAUCAUAAGCAUCUCGAUCUGGGAACUACGCAGAAUUUCGACCGAGUAGACGACGUGGAGCUCCCGCCCUGGGCACAUGGGGAUCCAAUAGAAUUUGUUCGGAAGAACCGCGCUGCACUCGAGAGUGAUUACGUGUCAGAAAAUCUGCACCACUGGAUUGAUUUGAUCUUUGGCUACAAGCAGCAAGGCGACGACGCUGUGAAGGCCAAUAACUUAUUUUACUAUUUAUCUUACGAGGGAUCAGUCGACUUGGAAACGAUCGAUGAUCCAGUACAGAAAAGUUCGCUGGAAUCGCAGAUCCAAGAGUUUGGCCAGACACCGAAGCUGUUGUUCUCUACGCCUCAUCCGUCACGCAAUGAGGGCGAAGGGAAGAUUGAGGUGGCUACUCCAGACUUACUCCUGUCACCACGAGUUGUGGUUCCUCAUGUCCGCAGAGUCUCAAUUCCUGCUAAUAGCGCGUCCGAUUUUCGUCUUCAGCAACGGAAAGAGUUCGCAUUUAGUGCAUUCGAGGACUACACCGAGUCUGAAGAUGAAACUGAGGAUGAUUUGAGUCCCUAUCAGAGAACUCGACAUCGGUACAGUCUUGUGUGUUGCCAGAGCUCGUGGAAUCGCCUUCCGAAGGCUAUUGAAGGGUUAUCUACGCACUUGUGGGGCAGUAUAAGCUCAGGGAAACCACCCAAGAAUUGGAGAUGGACAUCCAGGCUAAGGACCAAGUACAGUUUAUCAACCUCCUGGAGUUGGAAGCAGAUCUCCAAGUGUCAGUUGCACAAAGGGGAAGUCACAAGUACUAUUCUCUCGAAAGACAAUUCGUUUCUAUGGACGACAAGCAAGGACAAAACGCUAAAGCUUUCUUCCACUCAAGACGUGGCUCAAUAUCGUGAUGUUUCUGGCAACUUUGCCUUGUCCUGCUGCGAUAUCUCGCCAGACGAGAGCGUUGUGCUUGUUGGGUCAUGGGACAACAGCGUAUACAUGCACUCGACCUCAACUGGACUGGUAUUAGACAAAGUAUUCGCUCAUUCGGAUGGGAUCUCAGCUAUCCGUGUGCUUCAGGACCGCUUCGUCACGAGUUCGUGGGAUUCGAGUAUUAAACUCUGGCGGUAUACGUCGCGAUUCAUUGUGGCUACUCCUAUCCGAAUAUUCCUUGAUUGCGAAGAGUCUGUGUUGUGCUUGGACGUCAGUCGCGAUGGCCGCUUUUGCGCUGCAGGAACUCGAAAUGGAUCGGUAUAUCUGUUCAACCUGAGUAGAGCAGUCUUUCACAGCAAAAUUCAAGCGUCUAAGCAUGAGGGUGGCAUCUCGUCCAUUGCCUUCGCCCAAGACAACAAAUCGUACGUCUGUGCGACUGUGCAGAGCGAGUUGAUCCAGUUCAAUAUCCGCGGUGAAAAACUCUGGAGUAUGGAUAUCCGUACAGCAGGCCAAGUGCGCUGCUUCGAUAGUGAUGGCAAGUAUGCGGUGGGAGGCACCACUGCCGGCAAGAUUCUCUUCUGGAAGUUACACGAACAAGCAGGUACUGAACUCGUCUACGAAAUCCCUCAAGCUCAUGACGCGAGCAUCAGCUCUCUUGCUGUCAGUAGCUCUGGAUCAAUUAUUGUGUCUGGCGCUGUCGACGGCUCUGUUCACGUCUGGAAGCUCCAGAAGAAGACACCUCUGCCUCGUACUGAGACCUCUCAACUUUUAUCCAGACAACCAACGCUGCACUAUGGCUCCAUCCAGACAACCAGCACUUCAACGUCCAAGAUUAAGACUCAGCGCCGCUCCAAUUUCUACAUCCCCAACGCGACAGCACAACUCGCAGAAGCAGAGUGCUGUCUAGAAUUCUAGCUGUAGUAGAAAUAAAAAAUGUCCUCCAAAU